AGAAACAGAAAACUCGUUAAAAACUCACCACCAGCGAAGAGAAUAUAAUUCCUUUCCUCUUCUCCAACGCGAUCCCGCCAAAGAAUAAUCCUCAACCGUCAUUGCUCCGUUCGACUGAUUAUUGGAAUUCAACAUCGGAAUCGUCGAGCCACUGUCGUAUUUUUUCGUUUCUCGAUGAAGAGACGACAUCGGAGUAACUAGUAACGAGGAGAUUUCAAGAUGCUUUGUGGCUCGCUGCGAAAUCGAGUACGUAAUUGGCUUCGCGACUAUGUUAGGCUCCAAUCCGUCGUCGUGAUCCUUAUCUACGCUCAGAUAGGAUGCGCGAUGGUUGGUUCACUAGGGGCGUUGUACAAUGGAGUCCUGCUGAUCAAUUUGGCGAUUGCGUUGUUUGCGCUUGUGGCGAUCGAGAGCAAUAGCCAGAGUCUUGGCCGCACCUAUGCCGUUCUUCUUUUCUGCGCCAUUCUUCUUGAUAUCUCAUGGCUCAUUCUCUUCUCCAGUGAGAUUUGGAACAUUUCAUCUGAGAUGUAUAAAGCCCUUUACAUCUUCUCCGUGAAACUCACAAUGGCUAUGGAAAUCGCUGGGUUCGUUGUGAGGCUGUCUUCCUCUCUGUUAUGGUUUCAGAUUUAUAGGCUGGGAGCUUCCAUUGUAGACACUUCUCUUCCCCGUCGAUCGGAUUCAGAUUCACAAAAUAGCUUCGUCGAUCCUCCUUGUUUAGGUAGCCAACGUUCACGUGAUCCUGAUCUACGAACUAGCCUGUUAGAGCCUUCUACUACAGCUGAGCAUCGUUCACGUUCUGAUGAUUUUUUGGAAGACUCUAUCAAUGGACCACGUUCUCAUGAAAUCUUGGAAGACUCUAUCGACGGACCAGCCUACCAGUUUCCUCCAUUUGAUGGUGGCCAAAACAAUCUCUCUUCACCCAAGGCAACACAUUCAGGGUUCCCUGAUGCUCGUUUACCCUGCGAACAUCAUCGUUAAUGGAUCUGAAAUCCUUUUGUAAAGAGAUUUCUGACCCUGUAUUAACAAACUUGAAGCUGUAGUGGAUGCAGUGUAGAGUCAGAGAUGAACUAACUAGAGAGCGCCUAGGUGAUGAAACAUCAUUCAGCUGAAAACAUUUUCGGAGGAUCCCAAUUAUCAGCUGCAGAAGCCUCUCGACAUAAGUCUCCACUAUCCAAAUCCUUGGAGUCCCUUGAUUCUAGUCUCCAUCGAUUCAAACGUUAAAUGACCGCUACCGGCUUGCACCAGCAACACAACUUUUGACUGGAGCAAACUCAUUCAACGAUCUAAGGGGACAUUAUAAUUGUUUACAAUUUGAGGAAUCCAGAUAGGAGAUUUAGAUAUUGGGUGACAAAGUAAGAACUGUCUUUUACUUGCCUUUUCAUCAUUCAUUUUUACUGUAUAGAAAUUGGGGUCGACAUAUUUGGACUCGGAAUGUACAUGAGCAUUCUUUUCUGUACAUAUGGAAACCUACAUUGUUUUGAGGGUGCAUUGGAGGAGGAUUAGUAAUAAAGAUCUCUCUUUUUCAUCCA